UUUAACUUUCAGCCUUCUUAACAAGGAACCCUUGACCUGAAUACGCCACAAACAAGGCCCGGGUUUCAAAAUCCCACCACACAGAGGAGUGAUUAGCGAAAGCUCCUUUAUUUCUGUCAAAAUCAACCUGCAGCGUUGACCAAUGUUUAAUCCCACUAACCACCAUGGCUCCUCCUUGCUCCGAAGUAAAUAAAACCCUCAUGUGUCGCCCUUUGCCGCACUCUGCCACCAUGUUUCUCUACCAACUGCUCAACUUCUUCUUCGUGGCAUCCCAAAAGGAGGAGGAGGACGCCUCUAAGUAUGACUUGUCCCUCUACAAGUGCGGUGACCUUUUAGAGGUCCCCAGGACGUUAUUCACACACUUCGGUAUCUACCUGGGCGAUAACCGCGUGGCUCAUCUCAUCCCGGACUUCCUGCCCGUGAUUACCAGGAAUAAAUCGGCGAUCGCCAAGAUGGUGACGAACAACCGGCUGCUGCUCGGGGUUCUCACCAAGACGGCGAGCGUCAGAGUGGACUCUGUGGUGGAUUUUGCCUUCGGCUCGGAGAUCCUCAUCAACCACAUGGACAAAGUGUGCAGCCAGCCGCCGCUAGAUGGGGAGGAGGUGGUUCGGAGGGCGGAGAAACUCUUGGGCCCGGUCAACUACAGCUUACUGUGGCACAACUGUGAACACUACGUCAUGUACUGCAGAUACGGGAUGGCCAUCAGCUACCAGACGUACCAGUUCUGCACAACAGUGAGGAAGAUCGUGUGCAGCAGGAUGAGCUCCUACCUGACGGCACUGUGCGGAGCGGCCCUCUUGCUCUCCCUGGGCUGCGUCACGCCGCUGACUGUUCUACCGACCCUGUUCGUCUCCUUCACCAUCUGGAUGGCGGCCUGA